AUGAGGCUAUCCAUGUACCUGCUUGGGCUAGCUUUGGCUAUGUUUGUAGCCUUGCUUACAUUGGCAAUGGAGGACAAUUUGGGAGAAAGAGUGAAGCUCUUAGAAGUAGCUGAACCAGGUCAACAAUCAGGAACAACAGAACAAACACAAUUUGAGCUUCACACUGCUACAAGGUCUAGGCAUCUCCCUUGGUAUAAAAUGCCUUUUGGAUGCAAAGAACCAUUGGGUUCAGAUUUGAAAUCCAUCCCCAAAUUUCCUGCAACACCAGGCUCAGUGGCCAUCAAAUAUGCCUACACCCCUGGAAAAUUUAGGCAGGUCACAGAAAUGGACAACUUUGUUGAUCAUGUGAUGGCACUUAUCUCAAAGCCGCCAAAUCCAACAGAUAGAUCAAUUCAUGCAGCCUUGAACAAAGCAACAGUCAUCUUGGGUAAACAAGAAACAACAAUGAUAAACCGCUUCAGAACAUUAGGACUUCUCACAGAAGUGUUAGAACCUUGGAAACCAAAGGCUAGAGAGGUAUUGAUUAACAAAUGGCCUGAUCGUCUGAAGUUGGAGCUGGAGGCUACACAAGCGCAUCUACCCAUCAAUCUAGAGUACGCUGAAUCCAUGGCAAAUUAUCUAUUGAUAAAUGCUUACGUGUCUGAUACAAAAAAUGUUCUGGAUUGGUCUGAUAUGAAUGAGUGUUUCCGGCGGGCUCAACUGAUUGGUACAUAUCAGAGUCAGAUCAAGGAUGCGGCACUUGAAAAAUCAGAAAAGAAAAUUAACGGCAUAGUAUCCAAGUACUUGAUGAAAGCACAGCUUCCACAAGCAAAGAGAGAUGUUGAAGAAUUGAUUUUGGCAAUGCAGCUCAAUUUGAGAGAAAUCUCCUCCAACACCUGGGAAGGAGAAUAUUCAAUUGAUAUGUUAGCUCAUCUGUUUAAAUAUCAGUCAGCAGUUCAAACCAGACUGUUUGAGCUUGAGAAAUACAAAGACUUCUGGAAAGAUAUGAAUUUACCCCAAGUCACUGCAAGCCUUGAGGCCUUGUCAAAACAUGAAUCAGAAUUUCUGCAGCAGGAAACAGAAAAGUUGAAAAAACUCAGAAGCCAACCAUUGUAUGGAGAUUUGAAGUCCGUAUUGGAGAAUAUGAAGUCAUCAAUAGAAUCAGGAGAUUAUAUGCUUGGGCUUCAGAUAUAUAAAUUACUGUAUAUAGGAUGUCACUAUAAUUCUGGUUUUGAACACCAUGUAUACAAACUCCUAUUUGAUGGUGCUCAUGUACCUGCUUAUCUGGCAAACCUAUGGUCUCAUAUACAUCCACAAUUGGUUGUUGAAAAGGACAUUAGAUUUUAUCCAUACAAGAUAAUGAUCAAAGAACAUCCAAAUUAUUUUUGUGACGCUAAGCGACAUAUCUUGGCACUUAAAAUUUCAGAGGUCAGAAGUGAAUCAUUUUCAAAGUUAAAGGAAACUCUCAAUUCUCUGACGGUCAAACCACAUCAAAAUAUCCAAGAGGAUACAAUGAAAAGAGUAUGCAGAGAGGUUCUGGAUUGCCUCCGGUCUGAAAUGGUUGAAAAUGAAGUUUCCAAAACAACUGCAAUUGCAAUGGAAACAAUUCUUCGAGUCUUGGAAUAUGAACCCAAAAGCAUCACUUAUUUUCUGGAAUACAUGGACCAAGAUGAGUUCUUUAGAGAUAUAUUGUAUCACAGUGCAAGAGAUUUGAUCCAAAACAGACCACUAGAAAAGAACUCAGUACCACAACUUUUGGGGUUUAUGGAGCAAAUUGUUAUUGCAUACAAGGAUAUAUGGUCACAUAAGUUUCCUAUUGAGAUAGCAAACAUACAUUCUGAUCUUGACAAGGAGAAGUCAGAAGAAAAGGUUGAAAAAAUAAAGAGAGCAAAAGAUGCACUCAAGAGGGAAAUCACAGAAAGUCAAUUCUUUUGA